UCGUCGGUUCAGCGUAGUUUAAAAUAAUGUCCAGCGGAAUUCCAAGCAACGAAGGGACGGAGCUGAAGACAGUGUCAAUGUCGGAGCCCUCGACUGCUGCUCCUGGUACCCCCAGUGGGCUGGACAGUGGCCCUAUGGAUGGGGUUAGGGAACCUAGGAACAAGUUGGAGGAAUUAAAGAUGUACAUCAUGCCCAUCGUGGCUCGCUACGGUCAUUUGGUACGGUUGGUCCGCCCCUGGAGAGAGUUUGUGCAGUUGAGUAAGCCGACGAAAGAAGGGGAAGUACAGAAGCGUAUCACUGGGAACAUUCAGUACUUCCAGGCUAACUAUGCUAUAUGUGUCUUGGCCAUAUUGUUUGUUGGUAUACUGACAACUCCCUCGUGCCUGGUCCUGAUGUUGGUUCUGGCUGGGGUGUGGUUUGUUUUUCUGGGUAAAAACGAAGACCCUAACUGGAAGCCUAAGAUCAACGGAAUGGAGUUGUCCAAGACACAGCGCACCUUUGCCCUUCUCGCUGUAACAUUUCUGUUGGUCCUCAUCUUUGCUGGUGGGCUGAUUAUGUCAGUACUGGGGAUAUCCGCUGCCUUGACGGUAGUCCAUGCUGCCUUCAAUUCGGGCACGCAGUUUGAGGCUCUGGACGAGGCAGAUCAAGCCUUGGAUCAGAUCUGAGCAGCGAUGGUGAAGGGUAUUUUUGAUCUCA